AUGACGCAAACCGAAUGCCUUCCAAAAGAUAAAUCGCCAGGGUCAAUGCUGAAACUUGCCUCCCCCAACGAUGUAGCUGUGAUGGCAAGUCCUCCAUUAGACCUGAAUCGUGCCGCAGCAGUGUUCGAGGUAUCUCCCGAGACAGCCCUACAAUUACUCUGCAAUAAUAUCGAAAACUUGAAAGCACAUUUCGCAACCGCGCAAACGGAACCCAAUUCGUUCACCUCCACCCCCUUCGGAAGUGAAACCCCUAUCGAAGGGGAAGCACCCGUACCAGCAGUGGGACUUCACUGUGGAGAUCCGGAGCAUGCAUCUGAUCGAACCCGCGAAGAAUCGUUCCAGUUGGCGAUGCUAUCCCGAAAGUUCCUCUCUAAGAAAAUACCUCCGAUCCCGAUCAAAGAAUACCUCAUUCGUUUACACCGAUACUGUCCUAUGUCUACAGCGGUGAUCCUCGCUACGAGUGUGUAUAUCACGAAAAUGGCUCUCGUGGAGAAAGUCCUUCGAGUGACGCCAAAGAAUAUGCAUCGUCUGGUUCUGGCCGGUCUCUUGGUGGCAACCAAGGCAUUGGAGGAUCGCAGUUUUCCCCAUAGCCGAGUGGCCAAAGUGGGUGGCGUCACAGAACAAGAACUCUCCAAACUCGAGAUUAGUUUCUGUUUUUUGGCCAACUUUGAAUUACGCGUGGAUGCGCAAAUAUUGAUGGAUGAGAUACGGCUGCGGUGCAACCCAGAUACGAAGACAGAUAACGACACUGACAGUGUUCCGUCAUGA